AUGCGGUUGCUCGUCUUACUUGUUGUUCUCGAAUCUGCCGUUGGAGCACCGAGGCAGACGCGUCAAGCUCCAAGCUUCGAUCCAACGAAGCCGAUCCAGGGAGCGUUCUUCAUCAGCGGUGAUCCGCAGCAGCAGUUCAACAUACCACCGAAUUUUCGAUUUCCUCAACGACAGCUACCUGUGAAUCGUCCCCCGAUGGUUCCUCUGCCGACAGCAGAACCGCCGACGCCAACACCAACACCAACACCAAUAGGAGAUGGCGAGGCCACGCCCACCACCACACCCACACCAACCGCGCCACAUGUGAUCCCCGAAGCGGAACCGCAGCAGCAGGCAGACGUCGGUCCUACCGCCGCCGCAUUACCGUCACCAAUCGCUUCGGCAGCUGUGGACGAGUUGAUCACUACCACACAAGCAUCAGCACCUACACUACCUGUUGUUGUGGAUCAAAGCACCGCACCGGCAGCGCUGCAACCGCUGCCGAUCGAUCCAAACUUGCCACCAGUGGAUAAGACCGUUGAUUUGGAUGGGGAUGGGCGAUUGAGCCUUUCUGAAGUACAGUAUGCCGCAUUUGUACAUCAUGGCUUGUCCAGUACUGUAGUACAAGGGAUGUUCAACGAGGUGGAUCAUAACAAGGACGGUUUCCUGAAUUCGGCCGAGUUCAACGAUAUUCGUUCGCUGGUGCUGGAAAAAGCUGAGAAUGCGGCCUUACGGUACAUGCAGAGCGUCGACACUGACAAAAACAAGAUGUUGUCACUACAAGAAGCACAAGCGUAUAUUCUCAAAGAACAUGGGAUCGGAAUGCGUGAUGUGGAGCGGGUCUGGAAGUUAGUGGUCCCGGACACGACCAUUGAAAUGGACGCACAACAGUUCAGUAAGCUGCGCCGUAGAAUUCGUGGUAUGACCAUUAGAUUAGCGAGACAAAUAAUGAAGAUUGCUGACAUUAACGGAGAUGGUCAUAUUUCGAUGGAUGAAGCGCAGGGGAUCGCUUUUGAACAAGAAGGGAUUGGAGCAGGAGAUGUCGCAGAAAUGUUCGCCAGCGUCGACGACAACAACGAUGGUGAACUUAACGCACCAGAAUUCGCAGAUUUUGAACGUAUCGUACGAGCAAGAGCGGUCGAGACAAGCAAGAAAGCAUUGAGGGUGGUUGACACCGAUGGAAGCAACACAUUGACCAUGGAUGAAGCAAAACGAAUCGCUUUCGAACACUAUGGUUUCGAUGAAAAUACCCUAACGCCAUUCUUCGACCAAGCCGAUGAAAAUGAGGACGGUCAUUUGGAUGCGGUUGAAUUUGCUGGAUUCCGAUCAGUGAUUCGAAGCAAAGCGGUACGAAAUGCGGUCGAAAUUAUGAAAGAAAUUGACCUAGACGGUGACGGGUACGUGAAUAUCGCAGAAGCGGAGGAGAAGACUAGACGUGAAGACGAUAUGGAACCACAGGAAACUGCUGCACUCUUCCAUAUUGCUGACCAAAACAAAAGCGGAAAACUCGAUAAGGUAGAGCUGGCAGAUUUCAUACGACUUGUGCGUUUGAGCGCUAUUCGCUUCGCUACCGAUCACUUCAAGGAGUUCGACGCCAACCGCGAUCGACUUGUGACCGUUGACGAAUUGGCCCAGUUAAUUGAAACCAAAUAUCACGUCCCAUUUGAGAUCACCAGAGAGUUCUUCGCUAAGGUCGAUGUCGAUGGAUCCGGGGAUCUCAUUCCAGCAGAAAUUGUCGAUUUCCGCCAUGAAAUCCGGAAGUACGUUGCUAAACAUCCGAUGUCGUUCUCCGCAGAUGUUCGUGAAGAUAGAAGAUCUGCAGAAAGUGUUGAGCAGAUCACUGUCACCACCACUGUUGCACCAACCACCACCGCCACCACCACCACCACAUCCAGCACAACAACCUACACCACCACCACACAUAGUACAACACCGAUUAAGACCAGAAGACGUAGUACUAGAAGACGAUCAACAUCCACCACACAAUCUCCACCAAUUUCCACUGAACAAUCAACUUUGACAAAUGGAAUAGAUGAAUUUGCAAUGGAACAAGUCAGCGCUGAAGCAAGAAGUCAUCCCGAAACCGCUCCCGACAAUGAAGACGACUCGGACAAACCUCUAAUCCGUGCUCCAAAGGUCUGGAAACCCCGUCGACCAUCUAGCACACUCUCACCACCUAUCACUUCUACUCUAACCAAUGCACCAAGCACAGUAACCCGUAGUUUCACACGUAGACCUACAACUACACGGCUAACCACAUACAGUCUCAUCUAUCCAACUACUCGUUUCUGGCCAGAAAUCCCCAGAUCAACACGAAAACCGUGGACAACUGCCACAACUGUUACAACGGAAGAGUCAACAACAACAACAAGAAGUAAACCUAGGAGGAGAACAACAACUACAACUGAGAGGACAACUACCACAGAGGAGAGCACCACUACUAGCACCACUAUUGCACCAAUCACCACCACAACUCAUUUAACCACCACUGUCACCACUCCGUCCACAACAACAACGCUUGCUCCAAAUGGCCUAACUACGUCCCCAAAUGAAGAAUUUGAAUAUGAAAUAGUCGAAGUGGAAGUGGAUGAGAAUGGAAACGAAAUAGUAGGCGGAAGAUCGGAGAGCGCAGAGAGAGCAACAAUUUCUUCUAUCCAACAAGUGGGAAGAGAACAGGAGAGAGGAGACGCAGAGAAGCAGAGCGAAGCGGAUGCGGAUAAUGAAGAAGAAUUUCCCGAAAAUGAAAAACAAAUCGAAAAGACGCCGGGAAUUCCAACGCAAGGAAACGUUGAAGAGCACAGACAACCAGACGAGAAGAGACAGAGUGCUACCGCGAGAGAACGUGAGGAACGAAAAAAAUUAGUGGAAGAACAAAAACGUGCAUUAAAUUUACCUGUUGACGAGGUGGUGGAAUACGUAGACGAGACCACAAAAACACCGGAUGAGAUCGAAGAGGCCACCGAGGAUGACUACGUGGAUAAGGAAGCGGAUCGAUCGUGA